AUGUGGCGAUCCCAGCUUCGCUUGGAUUGGCACUACAAGUACUGGCAGAGGCAGACGGCGGGAUACCUUCGAACCUUUGAGAAGAACAACAAGCUGCCGAACAAUGAGAUGAUAGGCUACGUCAUCAAUGACAAGCAUCCAAAGUCGAUCCGGGUAGCCUGUGACAGGUACAUGUGGGUGAUGCGGUACAAGAAAGCUUUCCGCUUCACCAAGAAGGUUUGGGCUCACGACGAGCACUCCGAGUGCCGUCUGGGUGAUGUGGUCCGUGUCCAACCCCUCGGCUACCGACUGGGGCCCUGGAAGACGUACGUGCUGGUGCGGGUUCUCCACCGCGAGCCGCGCGACGACAUCCUCGCGCCGCGGGGCUCGGAGAAGCGAAAUCUGCUACUCCCAAGCAGGACGACCGCGGAGGAUCCACUCGAGCAGACGGAGUAG